AUAACUUUUACCUAUCGACUCGUGUUCUCGUAUUUGAUAUUCCAAUCCAAACCUAUUUCCACAUAAUUCUGCGUUUUGAAGAUCAAAACAAGCAUCUUCUUCCGAUACUGUCAAUUUCGUUUCGAUCAGGGUGAUGCGAUUAUUUACCACUGCAUAAGAUUGAUUUUAUCGGGUGCAUGAAUCUACCACAUAACAAACUCACAUUUCAAAACACUCGUCUAGUUUUUAAAUUGACUUAAAUAAACUAGAAGGAAACCGCCACACUUUUGUUGCAAUGGAUCGUUCCGAUGACCUGUAUAAGGAGCGUAUGGCUGUACUUUUGAAAGCAGUUUAUGCAACGAAGUAUGUUAAAGAUGAUAACGUUCCAUCUCAAAUAGAAGAGGGUCUCUAUUUGGGUUCUGUUGGCGCUGCGAAUAACAAGACCCUUUUGAAAAGUUUGAACAUUACUCACAUUUUAACUGUCGCCUCUUCACUUCCACCUGCACACCCGAAUGAUUUCACUUACAAAAUUGUUGACAUACCCGAUAGAAAAGAAGUAAAUAUCGCACAAUUCUUCGAUGACUGUUUUAAUUUUAUUAAUGACGCGACAAAAACGGGUGCUGUGUUGGUGCAUUGCUUUGUGGGAAGAUCCAGAAGUGUGACUAUUGUUGUGGCAUAUUUGAUGAAGAAACAUCGCAUGAGUGCGUCUGAAGCACUGAGCCUCGUGAAAAGUAAGCGAAGUGUAGCUGCUCCUAACUCGGGCUUCAUGUUACAGCUGCAUAAUUAUGAAAAAUGUUUUUCGGGUAUUUCUAGUUUUAUAUAAAAACGUUAAACGGCAUUGAACUAUUGAAGGAUACCCUCACGAUCAAGGAUCCUAUUAAUGGAUACCCUCAUGAUAAAGAAUCUACAUUUAACUUCAAUUGUUUGAUCAUUAUGUUAAUAAAAAUACCUCAGUUGUUUAAGUC